AUGCACCCCACAAUCCGCCCCGCAGUCCCCUCGGACCUUGCUCAAAUCCGCUCCAUCAACACACACUACAUCCGCAACACGGUCCUCACCUUUGUGCAGCACCCGCCAGUCACAGCGACGUAUCGAGCCAAGUUCGAGGAUAUUACGGGCCGUGGACUGCCGUAUCUUGUUGCUGUUGAUGCAAGUUCGAGAGAUGAGGAUGGGAGUCGGGAUGGGGCAGGGAAUGAUAGUGAUCUCGUGCUCGGGUAUGCGUACCUCGCGCCGUUUCGUGGAACCAUGCUUUCUUACGCGUCUACGGUCGAGUUGACUCUUUACGUUCGGCCUGGGUACCAGAGUCAAGGGGUGGGUUCAGGGUUGUUGGAUGGGCUGCUCGAGGCUGCGAGGGGGGCCAGGCAUUUGGGGUUUGAGGUGAUAGGGUCUGGCUUUGAAGAGACCCAUGUACCGGGAAGUAAUACUCCUGGAGAAGAGAAGAAGCCAGGGGACAAGGUUUUCGGCGUAGAUCCUGAAGACGGAGAGCCUGGAGCUCGGAUUAGGAGCAUCAUGGCCAUCAUGGCAAUCGAUCCUGAGGGUCCAGACCACGGAGAUGCUCUCCGAAGAUGGUACGUCAGCCGGGGCUUUGUCGAGAGAGGGAGGAUGAAGAAGGUUGGGUUCAAGAGGGGAUUCUGGGUGGAUACUGUUUGUUUGCAGUAUAUGAUGUAG